UGGCGCUGCGGCCCGACGGAAGGGGAUUAGCGCCAGCGCCUGCCCCUCUGGCCGCGGAGUGCGUGCGGGGCUCGGGACAUGGAGGGCUACGGGCUCUUCCUCGUGCUGCUGGUCUCGGCGCUGCUGCUCGGCUUCCUCUCCGUGCUCUUCGCCCUCGUCUGGGUCUUUCAUUACCGGGAGGGGCUCAGCUGGGACGGGGGCUCGGCGGAGUUCAACUGGCACCCGGUCCUCAUCAUCACCGGCUUCAUCUUCAUCCAGGGGAUCGCCAUUAUUGUGUACAGAUUGCCCUGGACCUGGAAAUGCAGCAAACUCCUGAUUAAAUUCAUCCAUGCUGGGUUAAAUACCUUAGCAAUGAUUCUUGCAAUUGUUUCUCUGGUAGCUGUUUUUGAUUUCCACAAUGCCAAGAACAUUCCCAACAUGUACAGUCUGCACAGCUGGAUUGGACUGACUGCUGUUAUAUUUUAUACUCUGCAGCUUGUCUUAGGUUUUGCUGUCUUUCUGCUGCCCUUUGCUCCAGUUUCUCUUCGAGCAUCUCUCAUGCCAAUACAUAUUUAUUCUGGCCUCCUCAUCUUUGCAACAGUGAUUGCAACAGCUCUCAUGGGAUUCACAGAGAAACUUAUUUUUGCUCUGAAAACUCCUGCACCUGCAUAUAGCACAUCUCCACCAGAGGCGAUUUUUGUCAACACUCUUGGUCUUUUGAUUGUUAUCUUUGGUGCUCUUAUUUUGUGGAUGGCAACAAGACCCCACUGGAAGCGCCCACCAGAACAGAAUUCUAAAAUUCAGCAACCAAAUGGAGGGACACCUGAAGGUACAGAAGAGGAAUCCACUAUGACAGACUGCAGCAAUACAGAUAAAUCUGAUGUGGAGUUCAAUAGUGAAGCAGCAGCCAGAAAACGAAACCUCAAACUUGAUGAGGUAGGGCAACGGUCUACCAUGUAAAGGGAGUACACAAAAUUGAUGCAGUCUUACAUUAUAAAAAAAUGCUAUUCCUAUCCAGCUAUUGAUUACAUUUGGUAUUUAAACAGGGAAUUUCUAUCAGGCUUGCUUAAUGCAGUUCAGUUUUUCUGCACAACUAGUAUGAGCUUAAAAGGUCUUUAAAAUUCAGUAAGAUCCACAUUUGUCAUGACAUUCCUUAUUGUACCUCUGUUUAAAAGAAUUGAGGACUGGGAUGAAAAAACAUGUUGAGAUUUGUGCCCUUUAAAAAAAAUGUAGUAUGUUUGGAAUAAGGACGGAGUUUUAAAAAACAUCGAAUGGGAAAAUAAUUUCUACAUCACAUCUUAAUUUAUCGGUUGUUUCUAUGCAGUUCACUAGUUUCUUUAGCCAGUUAUUAUGACUGGGACAAAAUGCUGCCCUGAGUUAUGCUGUGAAUGGGCAUGAAUGAGAGUUGUAUAUGCACAGCAGAGUGCAGAAUUUAUCCAUUAGCACAGGCCUAUGCUGUUUUAUAAUAUUGUUCCACUUUCUUAAGGGCCUGAUUCUCAAGCUUAUGAGCAUUUUCAAUUCCCACUGAAGUCCAUGAGAAUUGAGGUCACUCCGAAUUUUCAGAAUCACACUAUUCAAAAUUUUUGGCCAAAACUGUUUGUUUAGGAAAGAAAUUAAACAGAAUUUUUGUUGAAAUUUUCACUAAAAUGUCAUAUUGUUUUUGACCAGCUUUUUCCAUUUAUUUUUUUUAAUAAGAGUUCAUCAACAUUUUGAAUAGGUUUUAAACCAGCUCUAGUACAUGUAUAGAUUUAUAGCCAGCAUUCACCCUUGUAUACACGUGAUUGCUACUGAAAUCCAUGUGAGCUACAAGUAAACAUCUAAUAGCAGCAUUUGACCUGUCUUGAAAUAUAUGCAGUUUUUACAUUCACUUUAUUAAUAGAAUUACAAAAACUAUGUAUUGGGUCAUCGAAUCCUUUCCCUUGGCCUCUGGAACCAGUACAGUAUUGUUCUUUAUGGUUGUAUCUUAUAAGCUAAUAUUUUGAAGCCUUUUUUUUUUUCUCCAUUUUAAUCUGGAAGAGUAAGAUGAGGAAAGCAGUGUCUAAUGGUUUAGCCACAAGUAGAAGUCAGGACAUAUGGUCUAUGUCUACACUUCAGUUAGAAACCAGUGAUUAGUCUGUGCCAGCUGAUUUGGGCUUAUGGGGCUUGGGGUAAGGGGCUGUUUAACAGCGGUGUAGACAGCUGGCAUGGGCUAGCGGCAGGUUUUUAAUUACAGUGUAGACAUACACAUGGAUUCUGUUCCCACCUCUGCCACUGGCUCACUCCAAUCUUAUAACCUCUGUCUUACUUUCUUCAUUUGUAAAUUGAAGAUUUACGUAAUGCUUAACUUAGGCAAUUAAUUUAACAUUUGUAAAAGUGCUUUGCACUUCUAUAGCUUCCUUUGACAAUCAGUAUUAAUGCAUUACUUUUAUCUAAAAAUCUCUCUCAGAUAUAAUAAAUAGACAUUGCUUUUACUUACUUACAUAAUUCUAGAAGAAUGGAAAACUACUCUAAUAGAAAAAUAAUUAUAGUGGAUGGCUUUAUGUGAUUUCAAAUGUCCAAAGUGAUUAGCCUUUCUCUUGCAAUCUGCUUGUAAGGGUUGCCAACUUUACUUUUGUAAUACCAGUGUCUAGAUCUAAAAUCAUUUUGACAAGUGGCAUAACUACUUCAUGUUUACCACUAUUCAUGUUGCAAAGAGCUUUGGACUAGAGCUUUGGGCACUAUACCACUUUCCAUUUCUUCUGAAGACUAUUUUCAUUUUGAUUUAUAUAUCAGCUUCUCACAUAUAUUUAAACACAUUAGGAUCCCACAAAUAUUUUAAUCUUUCUAGCGCAAAGUGAUGUAUUGACGUACAUAGUUUUGAUUACUUGUUGUUAUUUUAGGGCUACUUUGAGAUAAUAAAGCACCUUGGGUCACAAGCUUGGGUUUGUAAUAACAUUGAAUCAUUUGAGUACAAUACAAGAAAAGCUAGUAUAUUAAUUCUUAGGAAAAUUUCUUUACAGUUCUGUUUUGGUAAACAAGGUUAUAUCCUAGGUUUCUGUAUCACUUACAUAUAUGUCUGACAGAGCUGUGUGCUUGAUCUUAAUUGCUUAGAAAAAGAUUUCUACACACAUUGUUUAAAAAAAACAACCCAUAUUAUUGACAUCUGCCGUUUCCUCUUAGAAAACAUGUGUCUUUAGGAGAUCAAAAACUUCUACACAUUUUAAUGUAGAAUUCAGAUAUGAGAAUGGAAAAUACUUUCUUCCCAUUGCCUGAUCAGACCUCCAGUCCCACUCUUUGUAAAAGAGAGGACUGCUGCUUCCGUCUUUUUUUAAAGUGUACACUAGAUGUGUCUAUAUUUCCCAAGACAAUCUGGAUUCACUAAGAAUCCCUCUGUAGUCGGAGUCUAAAAUCAAGAAGGCACUCUGCAUUCAUGGUAAUGUUUGUUAAGAUGAGAGGAAAAGUGAGGAAAUUUAGAGCGCUUGUUAAAGUUCACUGUGACCAAUUUAUAUGUCCUUGAAGUUACUGCAUCCUAGUAUGGCUGUACAAGUUACGCAUUAGAAAGGAAGGGUCGCCGUAAUUUAUACAAUGUGAUAAAUUGCACCGUGUUUUUUCCUGUGAUUUUUUCAUAAUCUGAUCAAUCUACAGUGUUUUUUGAAAGAUUGACUCAGUGAGCACCUGAUACUUGAAUAAGGCCCUUAACAAAAACAAAACAACAAGGAUGCUUUAGUGCUUAUGAAAGGUGCCAUCUUAACAACUUUGGAGGCUGGAUUCCUCUGUUUAUCUAUAGAACAGGUACAGCACAGGAAGCAGUAGUUUAAAUGUCUACAAACUUGCCAACUAUUGUGUCUCAACCAUCUGUGGAGAUAUGUAAUACAUUUUUAAAAUCCAUGUAAUCCUUCAUGCGCUGUUGAGACUACACUCAAAACACCCACAUUUAUUAGCAAUAUGGACACCUGUCCAGGAAUUGGCCUGGAAUAAACUAAUUUCACAUGGGACAUGGUACAGUAACUAUUUAAUCACUUUUAACUUGGGCUAUGGUGGAACCAGAAACUUAUAGGUGAAAAGUUCUGCAUUCUGUGAACAGUAUAACUUGCAUGGUGUCAAGUAUCAGAGGGGUAGCCGUGUUAGUCUGGUUCUGUAGA